AUGGUGGGUAGAAAGAAGAGAACCACAAUAUGUGACAAAGAGUUACAGAAGGAAGAUUUGAUAAGCAACUUACACGAACCUUUGAUAUCUGAAAUACUUCUUCGUCUUUCUACUAAGGAUGCUGUAAGAACAAGCCUUUUGUCCAAAAGAUGGAGAUAUCUUUGGCAAACGGUUCCUGGACUGGACUUAGCCCUCUACGACUUCUUAAAUAUCAACUUCUCAAAUAUCGAUGCCUUUUUUAAAUUUGUUGAGAGGUUUUUUGAUUCCCACAGGGAGUCAUGGAUACGCAAGCUUCGGUUAUAUUUGGGUUAUCGUCAUCAUAUAUGUGGUCUCAAGUCAUGGAUUGAUGCUGUGACUAGGCCUAAGAUUCAGCAUCUUGAUGUUAAUUAUUACUCAAGUGAUGAGAUACCAGUGAGCAUAUAUACCUGUGAGACACUAGUACACUUACGACUCGAAUGGGUUAGCUUGCCUAAUACCGAGUUUGUGUCAUUACCUUGUCUGAAGAUCAUGCAUUUAAAACGUAUUAGAUUUACUAGUGAUACCACACUUGAGAAACUUAUCUCAGGCUCUCCAGUUCUGGAAGAUUUAAAACUCUUUGGAUGUUCGAAUCAUAAUGCAAUACAACUUCGCUCUCAUACGCUAAAGAAAAUCGACAUGGAUAUGGAUCACUCUAGUGGAUUUGUUAUCGAUGCACCUCUACUCCAGUGUCUGAAGACUAAGAUAGCCUCAACAAAAGACUUUCAGAUCAUCAGUUCUGGUUUCCCUGCCAAACUAGAUAUUGAUUUGCAAUGGAGGCGCCGCCGACCCUUAGAGAGACCUCCUAAAAAAGUGAUUCGGGAUAUCCUCGCCGAUAUUAGGAGGGUCAGCGAUCUAGUUAUUACUAGUGAUAUUUUGAAGGAAUUCUUUCUAUACUCAAAAUCGAGAACAGUGCGUCAGUUUCGUAACCUAUCCCGCUUGCAUGCUAGAUUUGCUAUAUGUGAUAUUGAAAUGCUGCCAGCCCUUCUUGAGAGCUGCACAAAACUAGAAUCUCUCAUAAUGGUAAUAUAA